CAUUUUUAAGGUUGUAUUUUUUCUCUAAAAUUGUCUUUCUGAAAGUUAUAAGAAGCAAAGUAAAAAAAUAAAUGAAUUUAUUUAAACAAGUGAAGACCAAGUCUUUAAAAUAUUUUCUUGGAUUUUCAAAUUCUAUUUGAGUUUUGUCUCUCAGAAUUAAAAAUGUCAAGCAAAGCGAGACCAGCUUGCUAGUAAAUAAAUAACAUUUAAAAAAUAGAGGCAGCUCUCUGGUAAGUGCUGCUAUUUGAGCUAUUUUUUAGAACAGGCCAGCGGGCUACUCAUCUGGUCCUUACGGGCUACCUGGUGCCCGCGGGCACCGCGUUGGUGACCCCUGGACUAGAUGGAUCCAAAUAUGUGUGACGUGUGUGUAUACAUAUAAGCAAAACUACAUCUGCUGUUUGCAUUCUAAUUUAUUUUAUGUGACCACAGGUAAAAACAAAACAAAAAAGUGCCUGUUUUAUUUCUUCACUGAUGUCAAGCAAUGAGAAGCUAAUUCAAAACUCCUUCUCUUUGCAAAAAGGGAUGUGUUGGCUCUCACGCUAAACCAAAUGCUACUUGUAUAAAUGCAAACAAUACCUUCUUUAAUUAAUGUCAGACAACUUCCGCCUUAAGUACAAUUUUGUUUUGGCGAAAAGUAAAAAUAAAUGUUUCAUUAGGCACCGUUAUUGUUAUUGCCACAAACAUUUCAUGGGUUAUCACAAAGCUUCAUAAAAUGUGUUCUUCAAUGCUGCAAAUGUGUCUUUGAUUUGAUUGCCACUCAGCAGAGGAAAUAUCCUCCAGAGGGACCAUUUUAUGUUGUAAGCAUUGACUAAUCAUCACACUAUUCUAUCCGAAAAUACAAAACCCAAAACCAGUGAAGUUGGCACGUUGUGUAAUUCGUAAAUAAAAACAGAAUACAAUGAUUUGAAAAUCCAUAUGAACUUAUAUUCAAUUGAAUAGACUGCAAAGACAAGAUAUUUCAUGUUCGAACUGAGAAACGACGUGUUUUUUUGCAAAUAGUCAUUAACUUAGAAUUUAAUGGCAGCAACACAUUGCCAAAAAGUUGGCACAGGGGCAUGUUCACCACUGUGUUACAUGGCCUUUCCUUUUAACAACACUCAGUAAAUGUUUGGGAACUGAGGAGACACAUUUUUUAAGCUUUUUAGGUAGAAUUCUUUCCCAUUCUUGCUUGAUGUACAGCUUAAGUUGUUCAACAGUCCGGGGGUCUCCCUUGUGCUAUUUUAGGCUUCAUAAUGCGCCACACAUUUUCAAUGGGAGACAGGUCUUGACUACAGGCAGGCCAGUCUAGUACCCGCACUCUUUUACUAUGAAGCCAUGUUGAUGUAACACGUGCAGAAUGUGGCUUGGUAUUGUCUUGCUGAAAUAAGCAGGGGCGUCCAUGAAAAAGACGUUGCUUGGAUGGCAACAUAUGUUGUUGACUCUCUGAACCUUUUGAUGAUAUUACGGACCGUAGAUGGUGAAAUCCCUUAAUUCCUUGCAACAGCUCGUUGAGAAAUGUUGUUCUUAAACUGUUGGACAAUUUGCUCACGCGUUUGUUCACAAAGUGGUGACCCUCACCCCAUCGUUGUUUGUGAAUGACUGAGCAUUUCAUGGAAGCUGCUUUUAUACCCAAUCAUGGCAUCCACCUGUUCCCAAUUAGCCCGUUCACCUGUGGGAUGUUCCAAAUAAGUGUUUGAUGAGCAUUCCUCAACUUUCUCAGUCUUUUUUGCCACUUGUGCCAGCUUUUUUGAAACAUGUUGCAGGUAUGAAAUUCCAAAUGAGCUAAUAUUUGCAAAAAAUAAAGUUUUUCAGUUCGAACGUUAAGUAUCUUGUCUUUGCAGUCUAUUCAAAUGAGUAUAGGUUGAAAGGGAUUUGCAAAUCAUUGUAUUCUGUUUUUAUUUACGAUUUACACAACGUGCCAACUUCACUGGUUUUGGGUUUUGUACAUAUUUUAAUUAGUUUUGCUGUCCUUUGCAGCGGACAAUAAAUUACAUAUAUUUACAGUUUGUCGUGUUAUAAAUGAUACAGCAAGAACACUUUUUUUUCUUCUUGGCUUCAUACAUGCAUUUUUGCAUCUUGACCAACCAUUUUAAACAUUUUAACUGAAAUUAAACACAUGUGGUCUACAUUCUACUUGUAAAAACAGACUAGCAUACAUACAUCUAACAACUCAGGCCAUUAUACAGGCUGGCCAGUGUUCUGAAAAAAAUGUGCUGCUUCAUAAAAAGAAAUGCAACUAGUUGUUUAAUCCGAUUUUGAUGACAUUUUCAGAAAAUGUCCGAAAUGGGUCCUGAAACAAGUGCUUUUGUAGUUUUUAUUAUUAUUCAUAUAUGAGCUUGUCAAUAUACCUCCUGACAUUUAUUCUGUCACUAUACAUUAUAGACAAACAACCAGCCAUACAUUUUAAGUUAAUCAAGGUUUAUACCGUUUUUGUCUUAGUUUGUUAACUUGUAUGUAAAAAAAAAAUUAAAAAAAUGCUAACGUUGUAUUCAUAUGACGUCACGUCUGGCUCUAUAAAUAUGGGAGACUCGGAAGUGGUAGUCAAGAGAGCUUCGGUUGUCAAGGCGUUCGGGGCGGCAUUUUGCUUUUCUCAGAGCGGAAGUUGCCCAGCUUCGUUAAAAUACUUUACCAUUGCCGCUAUUAACCUUAAGAUUAUUUCACGCAAAUUAGUUGAAGUGUUUGUAAACAGGUCGUUUUGCCUCAGCGCUUCCUGGUUACGCGAUUCAACUAAUUACGAGUGUACGCGAACGCGUCAGGUAAAACCACGUGACACCGCGCUCUUGCCAUACGUCAGCGGGAUUGUAAACAGGAAGCAGCUCGGAAUCCGUGUUCAAAAAAAGCGCGAAACAGUGCGGCUCAACACAAAAUGGCGGAAACGCGUGGAUUUGUGGUAACCGUCAAUAGUUGUGUGGACAAUCCAGCCGGCUAAAGCACACAUCACCGUACAUUAAAAAGAUGGUGAAGACAUUCCCGAACCAAGUUAGUCUGAAUACUGACCCACUCCACGAGUCUCUGAGGAAGAAGGUCUUCCACGAACUGCCUCAGGUGCUCCUUGGCUACAGCAUAAUGGAAAAACGUCACUUUGCCAUUGAUGACGCCGAGGAUGGACGGCGUGCGAUGGGCCCCCAGACCCACACCUGUGCUCAAGUCUUUGUUUGGAUUCCAAACCUAGCGUCUCCAUCUCCUGCACCACCUCCUUCCACACGGGCUCAAUGUGGAUGCAGUUGAAGCACCAGUCGGAGGUGAUCUUGAUCAGGAGCCAGCUUAGGUGGUUCGGGCAUCUCGUGCGGAUGCCUCACGAGCGUCUACCGAGGGAGGUCCUCGUUGCACGUCCCACUGGGAGGAGACCCCGCGGCAGGCCAAGGACUAGAUGGGGGGGAUUACAUCCCCUCUCUGGCCUGGGAACGCUUCUGGGUUCCCCAGGAGGAAGUUGCUAAUGUUGCUCUGGAGAGGGAAGUCUGCUGGAGCUGUUGUCCCCGCGACCCAAUUCCGGAUAAGCGGUUGAAGAUGGAUGGAUGGAUGUCCACCAAACUUUUUAUGCUGUACGUGAAUGCACAAAGCAAAAUGACCUUACGCUCGCUAGGAAAGCAGUAGCAUUAGGUCACCGACAGGAGGCGGAAACGCCAACACUCUGCGGGGAAAAGCAGCAGAAGAAGAAACCUGACGUUCACUCAUACAAAAACAACGACACGAACCUCGCAACCAGGAAAGUGAAUGGAGGAUGGAGGAAAGUCACAAGAAGGUUCUUCAGCGAUACAGGAUAGAUAUUGUCACUGGUUUGGAACCAUCAAGCCUCUAUGACCGCCUACUGGAGAAAGGUGUUUUUACUCAAGACAUGAUCGAUACAAUUAAGAGCAAAGAAACAAGACGGGACCAAGCCAGGCAGCUUGUCAAGGACCUGGUGACCCGUGGAAGUCGGGCAUUCCCACUUUUUUUGGAAAGUCUUCAUGAGUCAGAGCAGCACAGUCUGGCAGAUCUCCUUCAAAGCAAUGCACCAGCAGUUCAAGGGUCAACAUCCAACAUCCUUGUUCGGCCUGUUGUCCGGACUCUUCCACUUUCAUCUGCAGUGGAUUUCCAGAAGCAAAUGAAGGCUACUAUUACCACUGUCCAUCCAAUACAGACCCCCACAUUAUCACCCGAGAGGGAGAUGCUACAACCUCAAACCCAGGCUCGCAUGCAAGGCAGGACACGACGGGAUAGCCGACGGGAUAGCCUCCAAAGCUACAAAAUGGACACCAGCCCGUGCGGACAUUGCCUCAUCAUUAACAAUGUGGAUUUUGAGGCGCAGAGUGAGCUGAGUCGCCGUCUGGGGUCCAACAUCGACUGCGACAAACUGGAGAGACGAUUUAAAGCGAUGAACUUUAUGGUGGAAGUCAGAACUAACCUGAAACAAAGGAAAAUCAAGCAUGAAUUGUCAGAGUUAUCGAAAAAGGACCAUUCUCCAUAUGACUGUUGUGUGGUCAUCAUUCUGUCUCAUGGGACCGAGGUGAAUCACAACAGAUUCCCCGGUGCUGUCUAUGGUGUGGAUGGACAAUACGUUCCAGUUCAGAACAUCACAAACUACCUCAACGGGAGAUUCUGUCCAUCUCUGCAGGGAAAACCCAAGCUUUUCUUCAUCCAGGCGUGCGGAGGAGGGGAAAAGGACAGAGGCUUCGAGGUACCUGAUGAGUUUGAACCAUGCAAUAGCGGAGAGGAUGACCAGACGGACGCCAUCCCCACAUCGUCCAGCAGCGACUCUCUGAGCAUGUCUGAUGAACCUGACGCCAGAGCCACACUGCCCACUCCGAGUGACAUUCUGGUGUCCUACUCUACUUUUCCUGGCUACGUGUCCUGGAGGGACACUCAGUCUGGUUCAUGGUACAUCGAGACACUGGACCGCAUCCUUGAGGAAAAUGCUGCUGCCCAUGAUUUGGGCACAAUGUUAACCAUGGUCAACAACGAAGUCUCUCAAAACUCUGCAAAGGGCUACAAGCAAAUGCCAAGUUAUUUUAACUCCCUCCGCAAACAUCUUCACUUUCAAACCCUGCGCUAAAAUUCACUUUGGCAAAAAAAAAAACUCGACUUGUCAAUCACAUUAUAGCCGUAAUUCACCCUGUAGUUUUCAGAUGCUUUCUAAAAUAAGUUUUUUAGGCACAGUGUCGUUUUUACCAGUUCAGGACAGUCAGAUUUUGAAAUACCAUCUGCACUUAAAUGUUGCAAUCCUUGCCAAUUGAAAGUGCUUUUUAUGACAACCGAUUUUACAGAGCUGAAAUAUUACGCUUCUGUUGUCGUGCUGGAAACUUUGCAAAAUUAAAUCUCUAAAACAACACAACUUUUUCAAAAAACGUGGGUUUUGUUUUUUCAACAUUGGGUGAGAUUUUACGUAGGGUAGGUACAUUUAAAAAAUACAUUUCUGUAUUUCUUGAUAUGUUUUUACCUCUCCAACCCGUUUUUUUCAUCAAAAUACCCUGUUUUUACAUUUAAACAUGUAGUGAACAGACUUUGGUGCUUCUUACUACUCCUUUUUAGACAUGUUGAAUUGUGCAAGUGUAAUAAUGUAAUUUUUCUAUUGCUAUUUUUCUGUACCUCUGUAAAUGAUUGUGGCUCCAAGCAGUCAAGAUUAAACCACAAAACACACAUUAAACUUUUAUAAAGUUUGGUUAA